ACCCACAAAACUUUCUGCUGAGCCCAUGAAAGGCUGGAGGAGGUGCCUAAGUUAUGUAGCAGUUAGCGUUGCAGGUCGCAUCUUUUUCUACAUCAUGGGUUUCCGGAUCAUCAUAAAAGGCACUAGAGUAAGCAGUAAAGAGGCUCCUAUUCUUGCUGUUGCACCACAUUCUAGUUUUUUUGAUGGAAUUGUAUGUGUCAUUGCUGGCCUGCCCUCCACAGUGUCUCGGUCAGAAAAUUUACAAACACCCGUGUUUGGAAGAUUUCUUCGGUGUCUGCAGCCUGUGCUAGUUUCUCGUGUAGAUCCAGAUUCCCGGAAAAACACAAUAUUAGAGAUUGAAAGAAGGGCUACAUCUGCUGGGAAAUGGUCACAG